UGUGAUGUUGAAUCAACAUGGGAAACUGAUUGGAUUUGCAAAAUGUAACCAACUUAAGGGAAUUUCCUCUUUUUCCUAUUUUUCUUUUCACCUAAAUCCAAUGACGUGGUGCAUUUUUUAAAUGUUGAUUUCACGUUGAAUUCACGUUAGUUGACAACUCAACCAAAUGGAUGUUGAAAUUAUGUCUGUGCCCAGUGGGGUGUAUGUGUGUUUGUGUAUACUGUAUGUCCAGCAUUGAUGUAUAAUUUAGGUGUUUGAGAUGCUUUUAUUUGGUUGGGCUUUUAGUUUUCUUUCAAGUUGGGGAAUGUAGGCUACUUCCCCAGCAACACUGGCAACUAGACCUAAAUGCGUAAGCUAUUCUGAGUCACUUUGUUUUAUUUUCUAAUUAUUUGUUUGAAUGGGUUGCAGGGGCUAUAGUUCAGUGUUGCUUCACUCAGCUGUGACGCCCGGGCCGCAUGCCGAGACUCAGGCCAGAUUCGAUUAGGAUCCAUUCGGACGGAGGAAAAUCCUCUCGUUUCUGGAGCAGUAGGCGGGUCUUUGGAAAGUUUGAAUGCGAUGGAAAUGUUCUUAUACUUUCCAAAGAUGCUGAAGGGUGUCCCGUGCGUGAAUAUGGACACAUGGCUGGUAGUGUCUCUGUUCGUGUAUGUCCAGUUCUGCUUCAGUUUAGACUAUGAAGGGUCGGCCUACUAUGUCUAUGGAGAUGAUGAAGACACAUAUGCUCAUAGAAAUGGAGGGACCCCUUGGUGCGCCCCCAUCAAGGUGAAGCACGGCAAUGUGAGCUGUCGCAGUCCCGGCGGGGAAUACUAUGGGAACGUGAUGGGAUCGCGCUGUAAGAUCCGCUGUAAGUGGGGUUACGAGAUGCAGCAUGGACACGCAGAGGUGGUGUGUAUGGCCAGCAAACACUGGUCAGGGAGCUACACCUGCAGGGAGAUUCGCUGUCCUAAGCUGCAGAUGCCUGCGAAUGGGGGCUAUACGUGUUCAGACGGAUCCUACCUUAACUCCCGCUGUGAGUUCUUCUGCUCCCCUGGAUACAAUCUGAAGGGGCCCAAUACUGUCACCUGCCAGUACCACAAGACCUGGACCUCAGGAGAGAGCGUCUGUGUGGAUGUUGACAUCCCAGUAAUAAAGUGUCCUAACCUGAAGGAGAAGACAGCAGAGCCAAGCAGGCUCACAGCCAGGGUGAGCUGGGACACACCAGAGGGCAAGGACACGGCUGAUGGCAUCCUCACCGAUGUUAUAUUGAAAGGGAAGCCUCCUGGACCCUUCCCUGAGGGUCUCCAUAAGAUGUCCUACACCGUCUACGACCACGCCGGGAAUAAGGGCAGCUGCCGCUUUUCUGUCAGAGUACGAGUGCGUCGCUGCAGCCCCAUGACCCCCCCAGACAACGGUUUUAUGAAGUGUGAUAGCGAUGGUAAUAACUAUGGAGCAACCUGUGAGUUCAAGUGUACAGGAGGGUAUGAGCUGCAGGGCAGCGCUGCGAGGGUGUGCCAGUACGGCCUCACCUGGUCUGGCACGGAAACCAACUGUACAGCUAUGAACAUCAACGUGGGGGUGCGUACGGCCUCAGGGCUGCUGGACCAGUUCUAUGAGAAACGACGCCUCCUCAUCAUCUCUGCUCCCACUGCUGCCAAUCAUUACUACAGGUUCCAGAUGACUGACCUACAGCAUGCCCAGUGUGGUCUGGACCUCAGGCAUGUGACAGUGAUUGAGCUGGUGGGGAUUUACCCCGCACAGAUCGGCCGUAUCCGCCACAGACUUAUCCCUCCAGGGCUGGCCUUACAACUCAGGUUACUGCUCCAGAUCUCCCAUAAUAACUUCAACAUGGUGAUGAUUGACAAGCAGGGGAUGGACAGGGAGCGCUACACGUACCCCAUCACCUCCGCCCAGAUCUUCACCACCAUUGACACAUGGCAGGGACGCGUAGAUGAGAUGGUGCAGCAGCAGCAGGAGGCAGGCCACACCUGCCAGUAGUACAACAGCUCAACAACGCCCUCACCCCAAAUAAUCCCCCUGCCCCGAACCAGAAUCAUAUAGAGAGUGGCGCCAGGUUUUACAACUGCUGCCAUGUUAGCGUCUUCAUUCUUGCUGUAAACAAUCACAACAGAGCAGUGUUUUGUGUUUAAUAACAGACAUUUUUAUUUGGGAUAAUUAUGUGUAUCCAAGUGUGUACUGUGUUGUGGUGUCAACAAAUUGCAUAUCUGCUUUCACUGGACAUCUUCACAGGUUUAGAAAACUUUCAGCAUAACGUGGAAGCGUCAAUAUUCACUUAGCAACGGCUAUGGAAGAGAAAGUGCCGCUUUCGUUCAGACAAUGCGCAUUGACCCAACUCUCUCUCUCUCUCUCUCUCUCUCUCUCUCUCUCUCUAUAUAUAUAUAUAUAGAUAUAUAUAUAUAUAUAUAUGACUCUGCCCGCAACUUUCUCUUUACACCCCCACCCCAGUCCUCCCCAUCUCAACAAAGACCCUUCUGUCACUUAAACCCAAUUUACUACUUAAACUAAACUGUCGCUCAAGCUUACUACCUGAACCCAUGACUCCCAUCCUCCACUUCCCCAUAUCAGACCGCAGCUAGUCAACUUGUCCCUCACUGGGAGACUCCCUCAAAUGGUUCAACCCUGCAUUUCCCACCAAUGUAACGCCUUUCAGUACUUAAAGACGUCCUCCAGCGAUGUUUGGAGUUUUACUGUUGGAAACAGUUUCCCCGUCUAUAAAUACAGUAAACACAACUUUUGAGCAAAAUAGUUGUCACACCCUGAUCUGUUUCACCUGUCUUUGUGCUUGUCUCCACCCCCCUCCAGGUGUAGCCCAUCUUCCCCAUUAUUCCCUGUGUAUUUAUACCUGUGUUCUCUGUUUGUCUGUUGCCAGUUCGUCUUGUUUGUCAAGUCAACCAGCGUUUUUGUAUUCAGCUCCUGCUUUUCCCCAGUCUCUCUUUUCUCGUCCUCCUGGUUUUUGACCCCUGCCUGUCCUGACCCUGUAUGGCAACCCGCCUGACCAAUCUGCCUGACCCUGAACCUGCCUGCCGUCCUGUACCUUUGCCCCACCUCUGGAUUACCGACCUCUGCCUGACCUGACCCUGAACCUGCCUGCCGUCCUGUACCUUUGCCCCUGUUGCUGUAAUAAACAUUGUUACUUCGACACGGUCUGCACCUGGGUCUUACCUUGAUUCCUGAAAAUAUCAGGUGUUGACUGAGGUGAAAAGAAGACUGUUCCACAACAAAACCUAAUACACACAAUAUAUUAAAGGAAUAAGAAUAUAGAAGUAUAAAAUAUAUGGAUGAGCAGUGACAGAGCGGCGAAGAUGCAAUAGAGAGUAAAGAAUAGAUAGUGAAGGAUACAGUAUACAGUAUAUACAUCUGAGAUGAGUAAUGU